AUGGGGUGUACACCUUCCCACAGUGACAUUAUUAACAGCGUGGCUAAGAGUGGCAUCCAGUUUUUUAAAAAGCCCAAAGCAGUUCUGCCAGGAAGUCCGGGGGCCAGUGAGAGGGGCGCCAUCCCUGAGCUGGACCGAAGCUCCACCUGCUAUGACUCUGGGGGGGCCUUGUCCCAGGGACAGAGGCCGACAGAGGUGCAGCCAGGUCCCAGGUGGGCCCAAACCUUGGCUGAAGGUCACUGUCAGCUCACAAGAGAUCCCGCUGCAGGCAACAAGGAAGAUCUGGAAGGACGGAUCCCAACAACCAAAACCUCCCCAUCCCAGCUGAACACAUCACAAAGCCACAUGGCUAAGGACAUUCCAUUCAAGACACAGAGCUCCCGCGAGUCACAGGGGGAAGCCUUUUGUGGGGAAGAGAGUGCCACCCAGGGGCCCUCCCUGUGGGAAAAGAAGCCCAAACGCCCCAGGUCCAGGCAGCAGGACCUCCGUUGCCAAACCGCCCUUCCCGCUCAGGGGUCUGAAGGCAAAGUGGACUUCCCCGAGCCCCUGGUGAAGGCCCACCAGCACGCUUACACCUACCUGCACUCCUGCCUCUCCAAAUACGAAGCCAUCCUGAGCCUCACCCGCCAGGCCACCCAGACCCGGGAGCUGCUGCGGCCCAUGGUCAGCUUCCUGCUGCUGUGCUUCGAGGAGGCCAACCAGCUCUUGGGGGAGAUCUCCCGGGAUGGAGAGGCGCUCCUCCGGGAAGUCGGGGAGGAUCUGGCCUGGCCGCUGAGGAAAGGGGAGCCCCAGGAGCAGCCGGAUCUCCUGCAGCAGCUGCUGCAAUACACGGUGAGCCGGCUGCAGGUGCUGGGGGGCGCGGUGGCCUCGCUCACCGGUGGCUGCCUGGAGGGCUCUGGCAGCCACUUCCAAACCACGGCCAGCCACUUGGGAAACCAGCUGAGCGUGAAGAGGGGUACGGAUGAGCGCCUCCUAAGGACUCUGGGGCAGCUGGAGAGCUUAGCGAGCGGCCACAGUGACCCUGGGGGGCAGGGCCUACCCUUGUGCUCCGAGGACAGUGGCAUCGGUGCGGACAGUGAGUCUGUGCACCAGGUGGACAGGCUGGGCAAGCAAGCCAGCUGGGACUUCACGCCGGAGCCUGCAGAGUGGAGGCCAGGGAUUCCCCCCACAGCGGAGGCCGGGCUGGUGGGACUUACCUGGCAGCAAAGCCCGUUCUGGAGGGGUUCAGGCCGACCCCAGGACUGCCCGCUCUCAGGCCCUCCUGGGGCCAAGGUGCAGCCAGCAGCACAGUGGGGAGCAGGGAGCCCAGGCCCCUCCAGCUCAGGCCCAGAAAGUGCUCCCUGCAGGCCUGGAGGGCUGGGCAAAGGCGAUUCAUGUGACUCCUUAGGGGCCGGGGUCUCGGUGGAAGCACAUCUUCCUAAAGGCUCCGGGUUGGUGAGCACUCCCUCCCUCGGAGCAGGAGAAGACAGCAGCACAGAGGAGAGGGAGGACAGCCCCCGUCCACGGCCGCGGUCUUCCCCUGCUGGCCCGGAGAGCCUGUUUCAGCUACACCCCAGGAGGCUGAGGAGCCCCCAAGUGCGGGAAAUGAUUCUGAAGAUGAAGGAAGCCAUCAGUGACAGGAUCAAGUUUGUCCCUGUGUCCUCUGGGCACCUGGAUUGGGCUGAGGAGGAGGAGAGGACAGUGGUCCCACCAAGACCGAGCACGGUCCAUGGCAGCAGGAGGGGCCCCCUGAGGCAGAGGAGGUCCCAGUCAGAGGCGUGUCUUAAGAGCCACACGGAGGAGCUCACCCUCCAGGAGCUGCGGAGGGUCCAGGGAGACCUGAGCCAGCGGCUGGAGGCCUUCUACGCCCUGGGCACCCGGGGGCGGGGGCGGGGGCAGAGCAGGGGGCAGGCUCUGCUGCCCAGGGCAACAUCUCGGAGGCCCGACCACCACGGCAGGGGCGCGCCCAGCAGCACCAUCGGCAAGCUGAAGGCCUCUCUGACCCAGAGCUUCAGCAUUUUGCCAAGUCAGGACAAGAGCAUUCCGCAGAAACGCAGUCCCCGCCCGGAGGUUGAACGGCCCUGGCAGGGGACAGGCGAGCGGCUUCCAGAUGCCACCCCACCAGGGGAGAGGGCCGGGGAGACUGCCAGGGCCCAGGACUGGGCCGGCAGGGGCCAUCCCCCCAGAACCUCCGUCAAGAAACUCAUCGAAACCUUCAGUCCCACUGAGAGUCUGCAGACACGGGGCGAGUCCAAAGACUCUGGGCCGGGCCUCUGCCUCAGGAAGUGGGGGGUCCCCAUCAUGCCCCCCAGAUUUCCCAUUUACAGGGGGCUUGCCCCUUUGUAUCCAAAGCCCCAAAUUUCUCCAGCAGCGGGCCCAGGCUGGAGGCCCUUCGCUCCCGUCUUCCCCCCUCUGCCGGCUGCGCCCACGAGGGAGGACCUUCCCUGUGAAGCAGACGACCCAGAGCACCUCCCCCCACCGCCCCUGGAAAUCCUGAUGGACAAAUCCUUCAUUUCCCUGGAGCCCCCCGAAAGCAGCAGGCUGGCGGGGAGCUCCCCUGAAGGGACCCACGUGCCAGGGCUGCGAGAGGCUGGCUCUGCCCGGAGAGCAUGGGCUUCCCCAAAGCCAGGAGCCUCCAUCAGCCCCUCGGACCUGUUGCCCAGCAGGCACGCGGCCACCCCCACGGGGCCCUGCAGCACAGAGCCCGGGGGCGGCAGGAGCGGCUGCAACCCUGGGAAGCUGGCCGGGGACCUCAACCCCCCGCCAGCCAUCAGCCGAAACCCAGAGGUGGAGGACGGUGGGGCUCAGGGUCAGGCACGCGUGGACAGGGCCGUGAGCCUCUCCAAGCACCCGCCCCGGAGGGCAGUUCCCUGGCACCGCUCCAGCCAUACAUCGGGGCAGAACAGGAUCUCGGAGCCCGGCCUGCCCAGACCAACUCGGGGGCCGCAUUCUUCUGAGGCCCCGAGGCAGAGCCAGGAGAGCAGCUCCCCGCUGGGCAGGAAGGCCUCUCCUACCAGGGCACACGGGGCGCCCAGAGCAGACAGGAGGCACCCAAGCAUGUCCUCCUCUCACAGACCUGCUCAGCCCAGUGUCCCCUCUAUGCACGGGUCCCCCAGCCCCACCGUCAGCCCUCCAGCAAGCCCCAGGGCACUGAGUCCCCCAACAGUGACGCCACCCCAGCACAAGCUGCCCAGCCCUCCCCCUGAGAGCCCACUUGCUCAGCACAAGAUCUCCAACCCCCCUGCCCAGCACACAGAAGCAAGGUCUCCGGCCUCUGGUCCCUCCCCUCCCCCUCCGGAGUCCCCCCCUCAGGGGCACAAGGAAACAAGAGGCUCUGAAGACAGUGAGGCGGCCACAGCCAAAGCAUCUGGGAACACAUGUCCCGUGUGCUGCCCAGCCACCCCCUCUCUGUUGGAAGCUAAAUCGUCAUUCGCAGCAGUCCACCCGCUCACCCCAGCGCUGCCACCUGCAGCUGGGGGCCCUCGCGAGACCCCCACAGGAUGCUGCAGGAGCAGCUCAGGGCCACGACUGAGGGGGGGCUCGCAGCGGGGAAUGACUCUGUGUGCCCUCAACCCUCAGCCCUUCGUCAGAAGGACAGCUUCUGACCGCCAGCCGGGUGUCCGCCUUCGCCUGCCUGCCCCGGGCGCCACCAGCAAUGCCUGUGAAUCCCAGCGCGGCCAGAGCAGCAGCAGUGAGGAGAGCCCCAAGAAGGACACCGAGCUGUGGAGCGGCCCCUGCGCCCCAGAGCUGAAGGGCGGCGGCAGGGCGGCAUCUCCCCCAGAGCUCUGUGUGCUGGGCCACGGGCUGCACCGGGAGGCCAGCGCCGGCCGCACCCAGGACAAGCCCCAGCGGAAGGAAGUGGCCUGA